GUCGCUCCAGUCAUGUUUAUUUCGUUUUCAGAACGUUGAGCUAUCAGAUCUUAUCAGCUCGGAUUAGCUAUGUACAGGAAAUUAGUGGUGCUCCUCCUUCUGAUCCACCUGGCGGCCGCGGGUCAGAUCCAGGAUGCUGCCGAGGAGAUCGAUGUGCCGCCUGCCCAUCGGGCUGCUCCACCACCACCCCGCCAGGCAGCUGGAGCUGCUGCUCCCCCACCACCACUGGGGCCACCACCACUUGUGGGAUCUGCACCGCCGCCGAGCUAUCCUUUGUUCUACCCAGCUGCGUGGCUGCCAUUCGGACGCUACAGCAACUCCAUUCCCGUCCACCUAGUGGCUGCCUAGGGGAGCGUCCUCCCAUUGGCCACAAGGUGGUCAAAGGACACUGUUGUCCCUCCUGUUGAAUCCUUUCCCCGUUAUCGUUGCUAGUUUACUCGUUAUUUCCCGCUUUGAGCCAGAAAUAUAUUUUUAGACACGCA